AUGGACGGCAUCUCUUUACUUGCGCAUCAGAUCCAGGGAUUCCUCAGCUCUCACCUUCCCCUCUCCAAGACCAAGCAGCUGCAUGCCCUCAUCAUCACAUCCUCCCUGCUCGACCCUUCCUUCGCCCUCACUAAACUCCUCCGAUUGUACGGCCUCAACGGCGCACUCACUUGCGCCCGCUCUAUGUUCGAAGAAAUUCCCGAAAGAAGCGUCUACGCAUGGAAUGCCAUGAUCAGGGCCAAUGCCAGGCGCAAUGACUUCGACGGUGCCUUCUCCCUCUUCCUCCAGAUGCUUAGAACUGGCGCAGGCCCUGAUAGCCACACCUUCGCCUGCAUCCUGCGUGCGUGCGCGGAAAUGCCGCACGGCAGAAGAGCGGCGUCCACUCACGGCAAGCUUAUUUCCUGUGGGCUGGGGACUGACCCUCUCGCCUGCAGCUCCCUCAUCACUGCAUAUGCCAAGCUCGGAUCCGUCGACCUGGCUGGCCGUGUGUUCCGCGCGGUGCAGGAACCGGACCUGGUCUUGUGGAACUCAAUGCUUUCGGCAUAUGCCCACUGCGGCUACUGGUUCGAAGGCUUUGAAUUGUUCAGUAGAAUGAGGAGCUACGGCAAAGCUCCCGAUGGGUACUCUAUGGUGGGGCUUCUCUCCUGUCUCCGCGACCCCAUUUUGAUUCAGAUCGGCUGGGGAAGCCAUGGGAUUUGUGUGAAAGGCGGGCUCGAUCUCGGCGCUCAUGUGAGGAGCGCGCUCGUUAGUAUGUACUCGAGAUGCGGAUGCAUGGCCUCGGCGUGGCAGAUGUUCGGCGGAAUGCCGCAGGAGCCGGAUUUGGUCCAGUGGUCUGCUAUGGUUACUGGGUUCCUUCAGGCAGGUGAGUACGAGCGAUCUAUCUGGGUGUUCUCUGAAAUGACCGCUUCUCUGCGGCAGAAGCCAGAUGCCGUCUUGGUCGCCAGCGUUCUCUCUGCCUGCGGCUCCCUCACGGCCAUCCGGCUCGGCAAGGCGAUCCACUGCUACGUAUACCGACUGGGCAUCGAAUCGGAUGUAUCAGUCACUUGUGCGCUUAUGAACAUGUAUCUGAAGUGUGGGUUUACCCAUCCGGGGUCUCGAAUCUUCCUGACGAUGCCUGAGAAGAACAUCACUGCUUUUAACAUCAUGAUAUCAGGGCUGGGUUCCCACGGGCGUGGAGCCGAGGCCAUGGAAAUCUUUGAGGAGAUGUUGUCCGAGGGGCUCAAGCCCGACGAGGCGACCUUCUCUGCAUUGCUUUGUGCCUGCAGUUCCCACGCAGAGUUUGCGAUAGCUGCGAAGGCUCUGUUUGUGAGAAUGACAGAGGAGUUCGGGGUAGCGGCGAGGACGGAGCAUUAUGUCUACAUGGUCAAGAUUCUUGGGAUGGCGGGCGAGCUGAAGGCGGCGUAUGAGCUGAUAAAGACCAUGCCGACGCCGGAAGCGGGCGCGUGGGGGGCCCUGCUGUGGUGUUGCAACGUUCAUGGAGAUUUGGAGCUGGCGGAGACGGUGGCCAGGGAGCUUUUUGUGAUCCAGCCGGAGAAGGGCGCUUACAGAGUCAUACUGUCGAACAUGCACGCUGCGGAAGGGAACUGGGCCGUGGUCGAAAACCUGAGAGGUGACAUGGGCGAGUAUGUCACCGAGAAGACUCCUGGCGUUAGCUGGAUUGCUGAUGGUGAGACGUAG